UCCGCGUCGCAACGCCGGAAGAGGGCUGGCCUAGGCUAGGCCCAACCGGGCGCGGAGACGAGGGACCAAGUCGUCGUCCUCCCUCGCGGGAAAAGCAAGCCCGUUUCCCGCCAAAACCCCGAGAAAUAACAAUCCCCACUCCCUUCUCCGGCCCGCCCCGCCCGAGUCUGAGAGAGAGAGAGAGAGAGAGAGGAGAGCAAGCGCCUCGCUUUAUCGCCGCGACUCAUCCUAACGGGAUGGAGAUUGUCCGAUCCCACCGGCAGCUCGCGGCUGCGGCCGGCGUAGGCGGCGCGAGGGGCCUGCCGACCUACCGGGCGGCGCCGCAGCUGGAGGUGCGGCUGGAGGAGUUCGAGCUCUUCGCCAUCGACCGCCUCCGUGUUCUGAAGGGGAUCUCGGAUGGGCUCUCGCGGGGGAAGAGGCCGGAAGAGAUGGAGAAACUGGUUAGUGAGCUGUGGAAGGCACACAUGAGGCACCAGGAUCCAGCAGAGACUUUGAACAAGGAUAUAAUAUCCCACUUUGUGCUCCGCCUUGUCUACUGCAGAACGGAAGAAUUGCGAAAGUGGUUUCUCUCCAUGGAGACUACACUUUUUCGGUAUCGCUUUCGGCUCGAGAGUCCGGAAGCACAGAGGAUGCUUAUGAGUGAGUUUCAACUGCCAUACAAAGCAUUGCCACACUCCGAAUUUGAGGCUGUGAAAGACAAGUUGAGCCAAGUUGCACGUUCCAUUGUUCAAUCUGCAACUGUUGAAUCUGUGUUCUUCAAGGUACCGUUUGAGGAAGUUCCUGAUCUUGUCGCCAGCCGCCGAGUAUUUCUUUCUAAAGGCUAUGCUUAUGUUGCGAUGAGUCAGGUGGUUUCGCUUGUGGUUACCCAAUUCCGUUGCAAUAUCUCAAAGGCACUUGUUUUAACAAACAGAAAAUGGGCGGCAACCAUUAAGGAACAAGAAAAGGACAGGUUGACUCCUAUUGUUGAAGCAUUAAGCAAUGCAUAUUUUGGACCUGAUUACUCUCAGCCAAAGGAUGCUGCCGAAAUUUCUCUAAAGGAUAUCGACCAACUGGCUAGAACUUCAUUCCCUCUUUGUAUGUGCCAUAUGCUAGAUAAGUUGAGAGAGAACCAUCAUCUGAAGCAUGGGGGUAGAAUGCAGUUUGGUCUAUUUCUUAAGGGUGCUGGACUUAAGUUGGAGGACGCUCUUGCGUUUUGGAGAGUGGAAUUUUCUCAGAAGGUUGGCUCUGAGCGGUUUGACAAGGAAUAUGCCUAUAGUAUCAGACAUAAUUAUGGAAAAGAAGGAAAAAGGACGGAUUACACUCCAUAUUCAUGUCAAAAGAUCAUUUCUGCAACACCUGGUGUUGGUGAUCACCAUGGUUGCCCUUAUCGACAUUUUGGUGAAGAAAAUUUGCGAGCAGCUCUCAACAAACUGGGUGUCGGUGGAUAUGCAUUGGAAGAGAUAAUGGAUAAAGUGAAGAACAGGCAUUACCAGCUAGCUUGCACAUUGACCUUUGAGGCAACGCAUGGUGUCUCAUGUGAUUCUGGAAUCAACCACCCAAACCAAUAUUUCAGUGAAAGCCAGAAAGUUUUGAGAGCCAAAAACCAAACAGUGGAGAGCCAAUCAGCGACCUAAAUUGUAUUGCUGCUGCAAUAUGCAUUCAUUCACAAAAAAAAGCAGACCAGCGUCGAAUCUAUAUGUGGUGAUCGCUAGCUGAUCUUUCACGCCUAGCCAAAUUGCCGGAAUGCUGUUCUUGGCUGUUUCCAAAUUCCAACAGCGACCUGUCUUACCGUGCAAGCUAUGGCGCCACAUUGUACACUAGAUGGAUUGGUGUGCCUACGCCGCCCCUGUUUUUUGUUGCACAGAGCAUAAUAAAAGAAAACUAAAAAAGUUGGAUUUACCAUUUUUGGACAUCUCAAUAUUUAUUUAUGAAUUUAUCAAUAUUUAACACAUUCAUUUAAUUAUGCAGAAAACAAUGUUACUUUCACGCAUGCGCAUUAUUUUAACAUGUAGACAACAGUAAUACGAAUCUAACUAAAUUUGUUUCAUAUUUUUUUGAGUUUUAGAUAUUUUUCUAUGUAUUUUAGAUUAUU